AUUGCGGUCUGAUAAACGAUUGUGGUGAGGUCUUAUCUCAGUGCAUCGCUACAAGGUGUUACCAUAAACUUCCAGCAAGCUAAAAACAACGGCAAGGAGCAUCCACUCUGCCGGAGAAUUUAACCUGACACUUCGCAAGGAGAAGCUAUGCAAGUCCAAAAUCUUGCAGCACUGGGGUUCCUGUUAGCAUGGGGACGCCUCAUCCUUUCAACUCCAGCAAAAACGACUGAAAAUAAAAGAACUUAUAAUGUUUGUGAAACGCCUGCCUGCAUCCGCCGAGCCAAGCUUAUCAACGAAUCUAUAAACAAGUCCGCUGAUCCAUGCACUGAUUUCUACUCAUACGCCUGCGGUGGAUGGAUGGCAACGCACAAGAUACCAGAGAGCAAGCCAUCGACGGGCGGUUUCUAUCUCGCAGCGGACCAGCUCAAGGAAACGCUUCGAGACAUUCUAGGAAACAUGACUCUCGUUGAAGAUAACCAGAACGUGACGGACAAGGCUGCCCUCGUCUACAACGCAUGCGUGGCUGUCCCGCAUCUCGACGAUCGACAGGAUGUUGUCCUUUCCAUAAUGAACACUUCAGGACUCGCCGAUUGGCCGAAAACACGCGAGCAAGCGUGCGUAACGGGCAACACCCCAAACGCCACGACCGUGCUCGCCCAGCUGAGAAUUUCAACAGUUCUUCAGGCCGAUGUUUCAAGGGAUUCUAAGAAUCUCAGCCGUUACGUCAUUCUGCUUGACCAGCUCUCAUUCCAAACGGUGGGCAGAAACCAGCUCAUUAAUCAAACGACCAAGAGCAGCAAGCCAAUAAUUGCUGCCUACAAGAACCUGAUUAAAGUGUCGAUGAAGUUCAUGAAGCCACACCUGCGUGACGACGAACUUGAAAAACUUUCGAACGACCUUCUAGCAUUUGAAGGAAAGCUGGCCAAUCUCACGGCUCGUCCAGAAAAGAGGCGAGACUUCAUCAAAAUAUAUCGGAGAACCACCAUCGGCGAAUUGGAGAGGAAUUUCUCCCACAUACCUAUUCGCGCAUUAUUACAGAGAGAGUUUUCUCUAGCAAACAUUACGCUAACUGACGAUGAGACUAUCGAAACCAUCGCUCUGGACUACUACAGGAAGCUCAACGAAUUUCUGCGAUGUGCUGACCCGGACACGUUGUACAAUUACGCCGGUCUCCGUCGCAUGCUUGGCUGGGCUUCUGUCGGAUCGAAGGAGUACCGAAAUGCGUCGUUCGAGUUUCAAAAAGUGAAAUAUGGAUUACGCAAGCAAAAGCCAAGGUGGGAGGUGUGCGUCCAAUCAGUAAACGACGACAUGCCCGACAGCGUGGGCUACCUCUACGUGCAGCAGAAGUUCAGCGAAGAGGCCAAGCAAGAGGUCCAGGAUAUGGCGAGUAGGAUCAUGGCUGCCUUCAAUGAAUCUCUACAGAAGAUUAAAUGGAUGGACGAAAAGACUAAAGGCCAAGCAGAGGCGAAAUUGAAGAAAAUGGGAAGAAAAAUUGCGUAUCCUGACUGGCUCUUCAACACGACGUACCUUGAAGGACUGUACAAAUAUGUACCAAAGCUGUCUCUGGGAGACCCCUACGGGAAAAUGAUGUACGCGGUAUCACUGAACAAGUGGAUACAGGAAAUGAAGAAGCUGCGGCGACCAUACGACAGAGACGCCGAGUGGUUAGAAGGUGCUGCUGUGGUCAAUGCGUUUUACAACCCAAGUGCCAACGAAAUGGUGUUCCCUGCGGGAAUUCUUCAAGGAAUCUUUUACGAACAUGGAAUUCCACGUUCCAUGAACUUUGGAGCCAUUGGCAUGGUGGUCGGACACGAAAUGACUCACGGCUUUGACGACACAGGAAGUCAGUUCGACGCAGACGGCGCCCUGAAACAAUGGUGGAGCAACAAAACUCGCGAGGAAUUCAUGAACAGAACCAAAUGUUUCCAAUAUCAGUACGGAAACAUCACCGACAAAGAAACGAACAUGACGCUUAAUGGCAAGAACACUGUGGGCGAGAACAUCGCCGACAACGGCGGACUCCGUCUAUCGUUCGAGGCGUAUAAAAAUCUUCUGGAAGUAGAGUACGGAAACGUAGAUACUCGCUUAAAGGGUAUGGAAAAGGUCACGGGAAAGCAGCUGUUCUUCCUCUCUACUGGAAUGACGUGGUGCAGCUUGACCAGGCCCGAGUACCUCAAGGUGUUGAUACAGUAUGACAGCCACAGCCCCGGCCGAUACAGGGUCAACGUGCCCAUGUCGAACAUGAAGGCCUUCUCAGAUACGUUCAACUGCCCAGCGAACUCGACGAUGAACCGCACACACCAGUGCAUGUUGUGGUGAGGAGUCGUCAACGGUGACGUGGAAGCAAGGCUGCAAAACUUGGAGUCAUCUAUGUUUUCAUAUUGUGCUAGUAGCAUGUCUUGCAACUUGCUGUUCAAAUAAACAGGGAGCUUCAUGCGGUUAGUGAUGGUGCAAUUUAUUGUAAAUAAA